AUGACCUUAUCGCAAGUUGAUAUGAGCUCAGAGGAGCGUACGCAAGCUGUUCUUCAAAGGCAACUGUAUGGCCUACCCAAUGACGAUAGAGGCAGGCUGAAAAUAGUUACCUAUGCAACGAAGCUUGACAAGGCCAUCCUUUGCUUCAGUUCGGCCUGCGCGAUUAUUGCAGGUGCCUUGAACCCUCUUGUUCCCGUUAUAUAUGGCCUCCUCGUGGGUAUCUUUAACGGUUUCACCACGGGAUCCGUAGAUGCUGCCGAGUUGCGGUCGAAGAUUUCGACGUUCAGUCUGUACUACGUCUAUCUCAGCAUUGGCCUUUUCAUUUUUACGUACCUGGCUACGGUCGGAUUCUAUUACAGCGGGGAACGGAUCACCCGGGCUUUCCGGGUCGCAUACCUCUCUGCUAUCUUGCGUCAGAAUAUGGCUUUUUUUGAUGUUCUCUCCCCCGGUGAGAUCUCGAACCGCAUCAUGUCCGACAUGGGUAUCCUCCAAGAAGCCAUAACAAGUAAAGCUUCAAUCAUGCUGAGCGCAAUCGCCACUUUUUGUGCGGCUUUUAUUAUUGCCUUCGUCAUGUACUGGAAAACUGCUCUGAUAUUAACUCCAUUUUUUGUCGCCAUGCUCCUGAUGUUCUCCGUCGGCGGCACGUAUACUGUCAAGCACCAAAAACAAUCCCGGGAAAAGUACGGUUACGCAGCUGGUAUCCCCGAAGAAGCCUUCGGUGCUAUCAGACAAGUAGCCGCCUUCGGGAUGCAGACUUUUGUGCGACAACGCUAUUCUCUGAGCUUAGAUCAAGCCGCACGAGCGGAGAGGAAAGCGCAGAACAUGGUGGCGGGUCUGGUGGCGUCAAUGAACGCCAUGCCAUGUCUUAUCUAUGCGCUCUCGUUCUGGGCAGGUUCGAUCUUCCUGGUGAAAGGUGAGAUGUCUGUGACUGAUAUUACUACAACUACACUGGCUGUAACGAUCGGCGUGUUUGCCAUAAUUAGGAUCGCACCAUCCCUGCAGGCGCUAACUUCCGGGAUCGCCAUUACGGGGUCACUACUAGAAACUAUUGCUAGAAGGUCCCCACAAGAUCCUUUAGUAGCAGAUGGUGAGAAACCAACCAGUUUUGGGGGCGACAUUCUGUUCGAUCAUGUGGAUCUUGUCUACCCAUCGAGAGGCCAUGCCAAAGUGUUGGACCGCGUCACUUUGAAAUUCCCCGCGAACAAGAAGACAGCCAUAGUUGGCCCUUCUGGGGGAGGUAAAAGUAGCAUUCUUGGUCUUAUCGAAAGAUUCUAUGAGCCAACACAUGGGGCAAUUACUAUCGACGGACAAGAUAUCCACGCCCUCAACCUGCGCUGGCUCCGGCAACAGAUAGGUUUAGUUGACCAGGAUCCAAUCCUCCUCGACGUUUCUAUACUCGACAACAUCUUUUACGGAUGUUCCGAUGUCAAUAAUAAAGCUUCGGACAGCACGCGGCUCGAGAGAGUCGUCGACGCUGCCAAGAAGGCUUAUGCGCAUGACUUUAUCAUGGCAUUACCUAACGGUUAUCAGACUCGAGUAGGCGACAAGGGGCUCCAACUCUCAGGGGGCCAGCGACAGAGGAUUGCCAUUGCCCGUGCUCUUGUUCGAGACCCAAGAAUUCUUCUUCUGGAUGAAGCAACCUCCGCGUUGGACACUUCGUCGGAGAAGAGUGUACAAGCAGCUAUAGACGCCGCAGCAGAGCAGCGUACAACUAUUAUUAUUGCUCAUAGGUUGUCUACUAUUAGGAAUGCUGACUCAAUCGUUGUGCUAGCUCAGGGCAAAGUCGUAGACCAAGGGACUCAUGUCGAGCUCAUGGCUCGAAAUGGUUUAUAUGCUGAGCUGAUUGAGAAGCAACAGAUUAAAGAAAAGGGUCAAAAUGCAUCAAUCUCGUUGCACUCUGAUGAUUAUGGGGUUAAUGCGAUUCUAAAAGAUAGUCCAGACCAUGGUUCCAAAUCAAAUGAUGAAAAGACUAGUGCAUCUUGUACUGCCCAGGUUGAGGAGACACCCAAGAAGGAGACUUCUUACAACCCAAGUGCGAGAGGAGCAAUGUCAUUCAUUUUCUUCAUGAGUAGACCAGACUGGAAACUUCUGCUUAUUGGUCUCGCAUGUGCAAUACUUGCAGGAUUGGAAAUCCCAGUACAAUCCAUAUUCUUUGCAAAGCUACUAACCAUCACUGGGUUACCUCAAGCGCAGUACGUUCAACUGAGGCACGCUGUUGAUCUGUGGACCGGUCUCUAUGUCGCUCUUGCAGCGGCAGGAUUCAUACUCUGGUUGGGGCUCGGAAUGACUCUGUCGUGUGCAACGCAGAAACUGUCCCGGCGAGUUCGCGAGAUCUGCUGCCAUCGUAUAACAGUACAGGACAUGGCUUUCUUCGACAAAGCCAAAAACUCACCAAGUGCGCUUUCGAGCGUGCUCUCAAAAAGUACUGACGAUCUUGCUGGUAUGGGGGGCCCGGUCCUGGGCGGCAUUUUGACCUUCAUUUCCACUAUCGUUGGGGGUAUAGCGGUCUCAUUGGCCAUCGGCUGGAAGUUGGGUCUUGUUUGUACAGCAACGAUACCUGUUGUUGUUGCUUGCGGUUGGUUGCGCCUCCAGGUGCUUGCAGCAUUUGACGCUCGAAUUAGGCAGAGCGGAGUGGAUUCGUCCGCAUACGCAGGACAAAUAGUGCGCUCUAUGCGAACCGUCGCUUCAUUGGGCCUUGAGGAGCAGGCUCUUACGCUUUACGACGGAUUCCUAGCUAAGCGAGCAGCGAGGUCUCUCCAAUCCAUACUCGUAGCCUCGGGGCUCUACGCUGCGUCACAAUCCGUUGUGUACCUAUGCGCCGCCCUUGCGUUCUGGUACGGUGGAACACUGAUUGCGAACCGCGAAUACUCCGAUUUUCAGGUCUAUGUAUGUUUUGUCAGUCUGAUAUCGGGCUCUCAAAUUGCCGGGUCGAUCUUCACCUUCGCACCUGACGCCGGCAAGGCGAUACACGCGGCCCAGGAGCUUCGGUGUAUAGUGGAGCUCAAUGAUCCCGAGAAUGAAGUGCGGCGGCGGCCUGCAGAGUCUGACAUCCUGGAGCACAAGAGAACAGAACACGAGCUUCUUCACGGCCUUGACCCGUGUCAAGUGAUCUUUAAGAAUGUGUCUUUUGCGUAUUCCUCUAGACCAAACAAACAUGUUUUGGACAAUUUUACGAUUUCUAUUGAGCCUGGGCAGACACUCGCUUUGGUUGGCCCGAGUGGCAGUGGAAAAAGCACAUGCCUUUCUCUGCUCGCACGAUUCUACCCAUUCCAUCACGGGCAGAUCCUCGUUGAUGGACAUGAUAUACGUAACCUGGAUCUAAACGCUUAUCGAUCGGCAAUUUCACUAAUCAGCCAAGAACCCGUUAUUUUCUCCGGUACCAUGAGAGAAAAUAUUGCGGUGGGUUUAGUAGGACAAGAAGUCAGCGACGACGACGUUCUGGCCGCGUGCAGACAAGCUAAUAUUCUUGACUUUGUUCACUCUCUCCCUGAUGGAUUGUCGUCGAUAGUUGGUAUAGGCGGCAGCAUGCUUAGUGGAGGGCAGAAACAACGCAUCGCUAUCGCGCGUGCAUUCCUGCGCAAGUCCAAGCUUUUACUACUAGACGAAGCCACGUCGGCGUUGGAUAGUGAGUCGGAGGCUGUCGUACAGGCGGCCAUCGAUGAGGUCAAAAAGAACCGUACUACCAUUACGGUCGCCCAUCGUUUGAGCACAGUCAUGAAUGCCGACGUAAUUUGCGUGAUGCGUGAAGGAUCUGUAGCCGAGAUUGGCAACGCCAAACAGCUUAUGGCAAGACGCGGGCUGUUUUGGGAGAUGGUAGGCAUGCAGAGCCUGGAUUGA